CCGGCAUUCAAUUUUGAACAAGCGCUCGAAGCAACUAGUACGAUUGCAUUCCCAAUCGCACAGCGAUCUAAACCUAAACGUCUACUUUCGAGGAAUUCGAUUCAGACACGUCAAAAAAUGUCUCUUGUACCAUUCCUGCUUGGUUAUGACACCCACCCUUGCCAGCGCCACCGGCUUCUGGACCAGGACUUCGGGUUGGCGUUGACUCCUGAUGACCUUCUGACGGCGACGUUGUCUCCGAUGUUGUCCCGGGACUACUACCGUCCGUGGCGUCAGCUGGCGGCGGCGGCGCGGGACGUCGGCUCCACCAUCAAGUCUGACAAAGACAAGUUCCAGGUCAACUUGGACGUACAGCACUUCGCGCCGGAAGAGAUCUCUGUCAAGACUGCUGACGGCUUUGUCAUCGUCGAGGGGAAGCACGAAGAGAAGCAAGACGAACACGGCUACAUCUCCCGUCAGUUCAGCAGACGGUACGCCCUGCCUGAAGGUUGCAACCCUGAAAACGUCGAGUCUCGAUUGUCGUCUGACGGCGUGCUGAGCAUCGUCGCGCCGAAAGUCGUUCCAGCCAUCAAGAACGAGAGAUCAGUCCCGAUCGCCCAGACUGGCCCAGUCAGGAAGGAAAUCAAGGACCAGUCUCCAGCCCAGACCGCAGAAAAUGGCGCGAAGUAAUCGGUUCAAUCAGAAGUUCAAAACUCAGUGAUGCAUUUAGUCAUCUUAUAAUUGUUUUUGUUUCGAUGUUGUUUAGUCUCUAUGUGAUAAGACUGAAGUAAUCUAAAAGUAUUACUUAAUUUUAAUUUUAAGUUCAAUAAACUCUUAAAAAUUA